UCGAACGGAUCAGUUUGCCUUGGUUUAGCCGCUCCGCAGCAGGCUCCUUAAUCGAGUGAUCCUUGGCUAGACAGGAUAAUGCUCUAGUGUGCUCUUGUGUUACCUAACUUAUUUCUGUGUGUCCCGUUAAAAAAAAACCCAAAAAAAGUAACCCAAAAAGGUGAAACAACAGCAAAACAAAUUAAUUUUCGGUCCAGUUUAAACAUUAAAUCGGAGAUAUAUAAGCAUGUGGCCACCUAGUGCCAGCCUGUGGCUGGUCCUUGUACUCCUGGCGGGCUUGGCUCGGGGUCAAGGGAGCAGCCGAGAGCACUUUGAGGAUGCAGACAAGUCCAGCGAGUACACGGAUCAGCAGUUUGACCUAAGGCACACCAUACCUGGAGAACCAGGCCUGGACUAUCCCAUUUUGAGUGCUCCGCCCAAGACCAGCUUUGUGUGCAAAGGAAGACAUGAAGGUUACUAUGCCGAUGUGGAGAGUCGCUGCCAGGCCUUCCGCAUCUGCGCCCACACUGCUCGCUCUCCUCAGGGCUUUGGCUUCCUCUGCCCCAAUGGCACUCUCUUCAGCCAGAAGAACUUUGUCUGCGAUUGGUAUCGCAAUGUAAACUGCGAUGAAUCUGAGAGAUUCUACGAAAUGAACGAGGAGAAGAUUGUGGGCAGCACUCACGAGAUGAUGGAGCGCGUGCGCCACAUGAUGGAGUAUCCCAUGAAGACCAUCUCGAAGGCCCUGCAGCAGAGUCAGUCCCAGUCGCAGUCCCAGAAUCCCCAUAACCAUCGCAGUCUCAGCAAGGAUCUGACUAAAGCCAGUGGAGUUUUAACUGAGCCAGCAGCGGUGAUCAAGCCCCAGGAAACCAACCCCUCGGUGGGUCGUGGAGAAGCCCUCAAGAGUGAGCCUCUGGAAGCUGUCAAGUCGGAAAUCAAUGCUGACGAUGAUGAGGGCGUCUAUGUCAACAGCUUGGGCGAGCUCUCCUCAGACCCCGGCAUCCAGUUUGAUCACACCAAUGCCCAUAUCAUAGCGGAGUACCCCAGGGAGUAUCACUACCAAAAGCAGAAAAACUUUGCAGAGCGUGUCAAUGCCGGACUGGAUGAACUUACCGAUACGGAGUCUAAUUCCUCCGGAGAGGUAAUGGCUCCGGACUAUAUCAAGCACCAAGUAUUGAGGAACACCAAGGACGAGGCCGUUCAACUAGAUUUAGUGUCGAAUAUCAAUAAUCUGCUGGACGAGGUGUCCACCGAUGUGGAUCCCGCCGUUUCCGGCUAUCAAUCGAUGGCUCCGCCCAAGGUCAAGCAGCCCUUCCGCUUCCUGAGUCGCGGCUUUGCGAUGCAGGGCGAGAAUGGCAAGAGCAGUAGCUCCGCCACGGGCUAUGGCUACGUGAAACCCAAGCAGACGCCUAGCACUGUCAGAUUUACGCCCAAUGAGAUUCCCACCGAGGACCACAAAUCCAUUGAGCACAAACACAAGUUCCCAAAAUCAAGCAGCAGCACCACUUCCACCACGGAAGCUGCUACCGAAGCCAUAGAGGCUCUGCUUAUUGCACCCACUUUGCCACCGGCAGAGGAUGAGGAGGUAACCAACACUCCGGCACCAGAAGUUGUCUCUAGUACAGCCGCGGAACCUCUUACCUUGCUGGCUCCUCCGCCAGAACUGGAUAUUACAGCGGAAGUGCCGCCCAUUGAGUCCAUUGGCCAGGCAGCUGCUCUGACCGCCAGUCUGCCCCUCAGCGAGGAUCUAGCUGUUGUCCAGCAGGAAGAACAGAGUCCGGAAACAGCUGAGAAAAAUGAUGUUCACCAGGAGGCGGCCAAGUUGCUGCUGGCAGGAGUUCAGCUCACUUCUCACGAUGAAGAGAAUUCUUUGCAAACAAACGAAUUACUGGAGAGGAUUAGGAGCAGCAGCCCCAUACCCACGACUAGUACUAGCACCACUCAGGCCAUGAUUACCUCCACGGAGACAGUCACCGAGAUCAGCAGCACCCAGGAGAGGAUUCGUGGUUACCGAAAGAACCGUCCCUCAGCCAUGUUGCGUCGUGCCAAUGUGCGUCCCUUGCCGCUGGUGCGCACUACAACCACGUCUACUACUCAGAAGAGCACCAUGCCCACCAAGAGCUAUCUAGAGCGCCUGGCAGCCAGCAGGCUGCGUCUAUCCAAACUCUCCCAGGCCACCAGAAGCACCACAAAGGCCACAACGGCAGCUCCAAGCUCUACAACCACUCAGGCGCCAUCGGUACCAACGACUACGCUGUCCUCCUUCUCGCAAAUUCGCAGUGGAGCUGAGCCUGGUCCCAACAAGAAGCUGACAGUGCGCGACAUCGAUCGGGAGACCAAGAUAGCGCCGACCAGUAAGGCCAGCUGGGAGAGUGUACACAGCAAUCUGCAGCGUUUCCAGGUGCAACGCGGCAAUCGGGUUUACACGCCGGCAACGAGGGCCUCGGUAACCACCAGCAAUAGCAGCUUAAGGAGCACUGGUUACACCAGCUCCAUCCCCACUAGUACCACUCCCAGAAGCUAUGUGGCACCCACUUCCCAGAGAUCCACUGUCCCAGUGAAUCGCGGCAAGAAUCGCUACUCCAACUUCAAGACUCAGGCGCCGGUGCAGAGAACCCGUGGAACCACCACCCCUAGGAGUACCACCCAAAGGACGACUGCCUCUCCUGCAUCUUCCUCACUUUCCUCGCUGAACCAGCACAUCUCGGCCCUGGCCUCGAACUACAACAGCGGCUACAGCUACAACCAGGCUCCUCCGCAGAUCAGUCGUCCCAGCCAGCAGUCACCGUCGCUAGUCUAUGCCUCCACCGCUUCCCAAACUCCACCUCCAUCUCAAACUCAGUCUCAGAUCACAUCCAGCCUUACACCUGCCUCCGCUUUCCUUUCAUUUGAUAAGUUAACCCGUGCCAUUGUUGACGAGUCCGUUUUGCAGAAUUUCAAGAGUGCCCAGUCGCUGGGUUCCAACCAACAGCAUCAUCAUCAUCAACAGUCGCAGCAGCGUCAGCAGCAGCCACACCAAGUGGUCAAGCAGCAACAUCAGACGGUCAGCAGCAGCUAUGUGAAGCCAGCAGCAGCGCCAGCUAUUUCCACCCUCACUGCUCCACCACGUCCUCAACAGACAGCUUCCCAGUUGCCUCAGCUGUCUGCGAUUCCCGGCAUUGUUAUUGCUCGUGCUGAGGGUCAGCGUAUUUCGCCCAACUCUGCCAGCAACAUCAUCUCGAACUUGGCCACUCAGGCUCCGCCAGCAAGCAAUCAGGGCAACUCCUAUGUCUCCCUCAACGAUUUCUUGAGCAACAAAUUUGGGCAGCAGGAGCAGCAACAGCACCAGCAACAGCAGCAACAGCACCAGCACCAGCAACAGCAGCCACAGCAACAAUAUCAACAGCAACGAGUACAGAAACAGCCUGUGCAGCAGCAACAUGUUCAGCAGCAGCACCAGCAGCGUCAUCCGCAGCAGCAACUAAGCUUCAUCUCACAGCAAUACCAGCAACCUCAGCAGCAGACUGUCUACUAUCAGCAACCCCAACAGCAGCAACAGCAACAUCCUUUCCAGCAGCAGCAGCAACAAUCCUUCCGUCAGCAGCAGCAGCAACAUGUCCCACAGCAGCAGCAACAUGUCCCACAGCAGCAGCAACGUCCCUCGAUCCAUAACAACCAGCAACCCUACCUCACGCCCAAUAUUUUUGUGCCCUAUCAGCAGCAGCAGCAACAGUUGCCACAGUUUCCUCCAUUGGCUCCGCCCGUGGCUGUUUCCACUGGAAACAUUGCCCAGGGACCAGUGAUAGCCGGUCGGCAUGUGGAUCAUCUGAAUGUACAACUCCCUACCUUGGGCAAUGGCCUGAUACCCGGACUGCAGCUGGCCCAAAAGCGCAGCGAUGUGUCGGCCAGUCAGCUGCAAUACACCGACACCAUGGGCAAGGGUAGCUUCUCCGGAUCGGGCAAGAGCAGGGAGCGGGCCUUCUACGCCGGACGCACCUCCUAUGAUGUGCCCCAGAGCAGCGUUGGAAGACUGCCCAAUGAUGUAACGCAACAGCUGCGCCGGAGGCUGCGUCGCUUCUGAAGAAGAUUCGAGAGCUAGGACCUAGAGACACCUUUAACUUGUAGCUAAAUUAAUAAACUAUUUAUGCCUAAGCUAAGACGACAACUGUAAUUACCGCUGUACGAUAUAGAGAGAGAUCACUGUUCCCACUCUAUG